AGCCAAUAACUUUUCAAUUAAAAGGGACUUCACCUUGACAUUGAGCAAUGGGUGAAAUUUUGGGUAUUUCCCUUAAGACUUGCUACUCGCUACGCCCCAAUGACACCUUUUCAUGAGAUUCCUUUGUCAUGUUCGUGUAACAUUAAAAACCUAUAAAUAUCACCAGAUUGAAAAGACCUGAAAUACAUAAGGGAGGGGCCAUGUUUGGAAGGUGUCGGCAUAACUCACUUUAGACUUCACUUGGAAACAGUGCAUGUUCAAGCUCCCACUAUACGGUGAAAAGUGAUCCUAUCAGGUAACAUUACUUAAAGGAAGGCAGUGGACACUAUUGUUUACAAAAUGGAGAGUGUGAUGAGUCGUUGUGUGUGGUUGAUCACCAUACUUGCACUCUUACAAGGCCAAGCUCAAAGUCAACUCACACCAAUUGCGCCAGGUUGCAGUGGGAUAUCUAGAGGUGAACAUUUCAUCAUUGGCUUUACUGAUAACAUCGAGGACAAGUAUACACCAAGUAGAGAGCUGUUCAUUUUAGUGGUUGCAUUCAACAAUCAGCAAACCACAAGGGUAACAAUAAGCAGUAAGCAUCAAGUUGGUGGCCAGCCCUUCUCAGAAACCUUUGAUGUAGAUCAAAGUGGAUUUAAACAAGUGAGAGUGCCUGUAGAACUGACAAUGACUGACACUGAAAGAAGCUUCAAAACCAUCGAUAUAUUUGCGACAAACGAGGUCUCUGCAUACGGUUUAAUGUACCAGGACUUUUCAACGGACGCCUUUCUCGGUAUUCCAACAAACAAUCUUGGUAUGCAGUACGUAGUGGUAACGCCAACAGUUACCCGUCCUGGACAUUUUGCCAUCAUUGGAACUGACACAGACUCCACCCAAGUUCAAGUGACAAUGCAAGGACCUGCAACAUUUGAAGGAAGGCCAUACAGCCGAGGUGACAUUCUGAGUUUUACGCUGAGUUACCAAGAAGCCGUGCAGAUCCGAAGCGAGGAUGACUUGACCGGGAGCAUCAUUCAAGCUGACAAACCAGUUGCAGUAUUCAGUGGCAGCGAAUGUGAAAGAAACCCUGGCUCUGCAUGCGAUACGCUAACGGAGCAGCUGGUACCCGUUAAGAGUUGGGGGCAGAAGCACAUUUACACCGCAUCCCUAUCAACGGACAGCAACCAAUACUACAUUGUUUCCUACUUUCCAGGAACGAAUGUUUCAAUCCCGGGCCUUGAGCCUCUAACAUUCAGUGCAGGAGACUCAUGGGAAGGAUUUCUAACUGGAUCUGGUCUAGUAACCUCAACCAAGCCGAUUCUGAUGAUGCAGCAAUUAGCGACCAUUAACGGCAAUACUGUCGAUCCUUCCCUGAUUCAAGUACCGGCUGUGGAGCAGUUUGGGUCUAGGUUUGGGUUUACGACACCUCCUUAUUCUGGAGGUGAUCGUUCAGAGGGUUACUUUAAUUUCAUUACCAUAGUCGUGAAAAGAGAUGCGCGUCAAACUGUCUCUCUGAACAACGCCCCAGUCAGCGUUACUAACGGCAUACUACCUGUAGAUGAGCACGACGUUCCUGGAACUGACUACAUCUCAAUUACUAUCCAAGUACCUAAAGGGGAAGGCGUUUACUAUGUAGACAGUCAGUCUUCACCAGUGUCUGUUAUUGUAUAUGGUUACGAGAGAGCCGAGACAUAUGGUUACGCUGCAGGUUUGUCCCUGGAUAGUAACGAGCAGCAUCUGAGUUUCACACCAUACUUCCUGAGGGAGCUUGGUGGAGAAAGGUUCAGUAUCACUGUACCGUGCACCCAAGACAGUAACGAGGUUAAUAUUGUUCGAAAAUGCAAAUUCUCUACAGGUGUUGGAGAUGUUGAGGUUGAUGGUGUUCGAACCGGCAGCUAUACUCUAGAAUGCAUUACCCCUACCUUCUACAAGAAUGGUCUGACAGCAGUCUAUGUGUCCCUUGAUGGUGGUAGCACUUUCCCAUACUCUGGUGUCGUCUAUGUUCCAUCUGAAGAAGACCUUCCACCACUUGUUACUGUCCAGCAGAUGAACCAAGAAGCCGGUAGCCGUGUCAUUGAUCUCAACUCAGCUGAUCCGAUCUACAUUUCCUGGGAUCAAACAUUAGUCGGGGAUGACGUUUCCCACGUCACUGUGAUGGUACGAGUUUCAAGAUACAACACUGAUGGGUUUCCAGUUCUAAUGGAAGGAGUUGCUGUAAAAAGUAAUGUUGUCAACAAUGGCACUCUAUUUAUUCCUGGCCAGGACUUAAAAACAUUCAUCAAUCCCGCAAGUAACGACCCUUCUCUUGUAGCGUUUUAUAUCACUCAAUACAACCAGCGGCGUCGAAGGGACAAUGUUUACGCUCGAAGAAUCUAUUCUGGGGUAACGCACGUAAUCAAUUCAAUUUUGAAUGUCCCAUGUUCAGUUUUCAAUCGUCAGUUGAAUAAUGUUGCUUCUGGCUUAAAUCCAUGCCCAUGUACUUCAAAUCAAGCAAAUGUAAAUUCUCUAAACUUUGUGGAAGCAAACUUCUUGAAUUCCUUUUUCCAUCCCGGGGCUGAGACAUGCUAUAGGUCGACCACAUCCUCGUCAACAGGUUCAGGUCAGCAGUGUUGCUAUGAUGAUAACGGAGACAUCCUGGUCGGCUCCCCUGGAGGAGGAACAGCCGAUAGAUAUGCACCUGGCGAUCAUUUCUGGUUCCAUCAAUGGUAUGACGUCCUGCCCUGGCUCGGAUGCUGCAAACUGUCCAACAACUGUGAGGCGUAUUAUGACAAACGACCAUCAGAUGACUGCUCUGAGUACGUCCCUCCUCGGCCUGCUGGAGGUACGGGAGACCCUCAUAUCACGAGUCUUGACGGGAAGAGGUUCACCUUCAACGGAGCUGGAGAGUUCCUGAUGGCAUCAUCGACUCUUCAUAACCUGACCUUCCAAGCCCGUAUGGAAGUCUACCGAGAUACCAAUGCAUCAGUGUACACUGCAGUCGUCAUUCAGACCAACGAUUCCGCUAAGGUGCAGGUGCAAAGGUCUAACAUGAACCAGACCAUGAUCCUUGUAGAUGGUGAAACGAUACUCCAGGAUUCCAGCCCGAUUCCAGUUCAACACCACAAAGGCCUUCGAAUCAGCUUCAAUCGAGAUCUAUCAGAGAUCAAAAUCGCUUUGAAAUCUGGUGUUGCUGUCAUCGUUUAUGUCAAACCAGAAGUGAUGUCUUUUAUUGCUCAACUGGACACAAAGUUCAAAGGUCAGGUUAAAGGUCUGUUGGGCAAUAUGAAUGAAGACCCGGAUGAUGAUUUACAAUUUCUGAAUGGCUCUUCAUUAAACACUAAUGCAGCGCUGUAUGAGGUUCAUGAAUUAGGGUUGGAGUGGUUAGUAACAGAGGAAGACUCCAUUUUUACCUACAUUUCCCCUUACGAAUACAAAACGUACCUAUUCCCUGAAUUCUCCCCAAAUCUCGUCUCUCCUGAUCCAAACCUCAUCAGUCAAGAAAUCAAGGACCUCUGUGGGGAGUCAUUUGAAUGCAUUUUCGAUGCCAUGACGACUGGUAGCCUGUCAUUAGCCAACGAAACACUCCUGGUAACCGGUACCUUAGAGACUAUACAGAUGUCCUCCAUUAAAAUUGUCAGUUGUGGAUUUCCGGGGAAAGUAGAGAAUGGGAAAAUACAUGGGUCGGUUUACUUGGAGAAUUCCACCCUUAGGGUCACCUGUGACGGAGGGUUUACCCAACAAGGGUCUGCCUCACUCUGGUGUCAGGGUGAUGGUCAAUGGUCUUCCAAUCUGCCCGUGUGUGCUCAAGAAUCAAAACAGAUCAAUGUCGUAGUUGUUUUACUCAUUGCUCUCGCUGGUUUUACCAUUACCGUAUUGAUGAUAUGGGCUCUUUUUCCAAUCAAGGAAAAAAACAAUCCUGCUAAGCCUAAUUAAAGGCACUUUACACGUUUGGUAAUUGUCAAAGACCAGUGUUCUCACUUGGUGUAUCCCAUCACAAGAAUA